AUCACCAGCAUCCACCAGCGGUCGCCGAGCGAGCGCAACAGAAAACAAAACGGGCACGACGACACGCCACGGCACGGCACGCCCUUUGAAUGCCCCUCCCGCGCCUGCCUCUGACCCGGAUCCCGCCCGCGCCGUAUCAUCAUCUUCGCCCCGUGAAUCCACCCAUCAUCGGUUGCGGUCUCGUCCAGUCCAGUAGUCCCUGCCGCUGCCCUCCUCCUCUGCUCCGGCGUUGCUUUGCCCGUGCUAGCUUGUGUCCACGAACGCAAAGAGGAAAAGCAAAGCAGAGCGAGCGAGCAUGUGCCCGGGGUCGGUGGAGGCGCCGGCGGCGGGGGCGGGGAAGAGCGUGUGCGUGAUGGACGCGGCGGGGCCGCUGGGCCACGCGCUCGUCGACCGCCUCCUCCGCAGAGGGUACACCGUCCACGCCGCCACGUACGGCCGCGGGGAGGCGGAGGAGGAAUCGGCGGCGGCGGCGGCGGGCGCGCUGCUCAAGCACCUGUCGCGCGGCGGCUGCGGCGACGCGUACGGGCACCGCCUCAAGGUGUUCCGCGCCGACCCCUUCGACUACCACGCCAUCGCCGACGCCGUCCGCGGCUGCGCCGGCGUCUUCUGCAUGUUCAACACGCCCGACGACCAGGCGCAAUGCGAUGAGGUGACGGUGGAGACGGAGGUGCGGGCGGCGCACAACGUGCUGGAGGCGUGCGCGCAGACGGACGCCAUGGAGCGGGUCGUCUUCACCUCCUCCGCCACCGCCGUCGUCUGGGGCAGCGACGCCACCGCCACCGCCGGCGGCGGCCGCGAGGAGCGCCUCGCCGUCGACGAGAAGUGCUGGAGCGACCUCGCCUUCUGCCGGAAAUUCAAGCUGUGGCACGCCCUGGCCAAGACGCUCUCGGAGAAGACGGCGUGGGCGCUGGCCAUGGACAGGGGCGUCGACAUGGUGGCCAUCAACGCCGGCCUGCUCACGGCCCCGGGGCUCACCGCCGCGCACCCCUACCUCAAGGGCGCCCCGGACAUGUACGGCGCCGGCGUCCUCGCCACCGUCGACGCCGACUUCCUCGCCGACGCACACGUCGCCGCCUUCGAGUCCCCCACCGCCUACGGCAGGUACCUCUGCUUCGACAACGCCGUGUGCCGCCCAGAGGACGCCGUCAAGCUCGCCCAGAUGCUCUCGCCGGCCGCGCCACGCUCGCCACCAAGUGAUGAGCUGAAGGUGAUUCCACAGAGGAUCCAGAACAAGAAGCUCAACAAGCUCAUGCUGGAGUUUUCCAGCGGAGUAUACGGGGAGCUGGAUUAGGGAGGGAUUCCCUAUAUUUAUUCAAUUAAUUAAAUUAUAUCCCACAGAUGCAACUAGGGUUGUAUUCUUUUGUAUGUAGUAGUAUUUGUAUUCUUUUGGUUCCCACUCACAAAGGGGGAAUUUGUUUGGUUGGUCAAAUGUGCAUACGCUGUACAUGGCCAAGCAUGCCACAUGUAUUGAUACAGCCCUGCCAGGGGGAUUUGAGUGAUCCAUCUGCCAAGAAAAUGUCUCUAGGUUGAACAAAAGGGCAAAUAAAAUUGCAGUACUGUUACUGCCUGUGUACAGAAAAUAUGAUGGAGAAAUGCUCAAGCUUCAGUCUAUCACCCAGAAGGCAUUACA